CUACUUUACCACUGUAAGCACUACGCUCCAUUACAGUUUAACUACUGCAUUGUAAUUCACUUCAAAUGACAUUUUCACACAGAUCGUUCAAAGUUUACAGCAAAGUACAAACAAAGAUUGCACAACAGCUGAGAAAAAGCUUCCUCCUGGAUUAAGCAACAUGAAGUCAGGAUACUUCAUCUCCUUCGGCUUGCUUUUCCAGCUUUCAAGUGCCUUGUACAGACAAUGGAUUCCGGACACCAACUUCAACAAUAAUACAAACUGGGACAAGGGGAGAAUUCCUUGUAAGAAUGACAGAGUCUUAUUUCAUCAAGAUAAGAGUUUGAGCAUUUUCAUGCAAUCACCACUUGAACUGAUGGAAAUGUACUUGCCUCUGGAUGGAGAGUUCAUCCUCAGUCAUGGAGCUGGAUUUGCUGCAAGUGAUGGUCAGAGUGUAUCAGGAUGUGAAAGAGGCGAGGAUAUCACUUUCAAAGACCCUAGCCAGUACAAAUGGUAUGAUCCCAAAUAUUGGCACACAACUUUAUCAAUGAGUGACCUGGAAAAUGAAAAGCACCUGUUCAUCUUGGAUGAGGAACGUGUUCCCUGCCAAUAUGACGAUGUCAUUUUUCGACCUGAAACAUCUUUUCGUGUUGAUCUGGACAGCGAUAUACAAAAUAUCAAUGUGAAAACCAUUUCUUUAAUGAACAUGACAUUUGCAAGCAAUGAAGAGUUUGCUGAGUACAUGUGGUCAAAUACUGGAAAAUUACAGUUCCAAGGAAAUGGCUCGAUCACUGUGACCAAUGCCAAGUGUGAGGAUAAAUCUGGCUGUGAUUGUGGUAACUUUGGUAACCACAGAAGGAUUUGCUCGAAUUUGCAAAAAGAAUCAGGAAGCCAAUGCUCUGAGCUUAUUUGCACAAAUCCCUUGAAGCCUCUAGGACAUUGCUGUGACAUAUGUGGUGCCAUUAUUUAUUUUGAAUAUGGUCCAGAGUUUGAUCUAGAAUUAUACCAGGCCCAUCUUUUCGAAUCCUUCCUUAGCUUGAACAAAUACCAAGGUGUGCGCACAUCUGUGACAAAAGUUUACAAGAAGCAGUCUUCAAAGAAAACUGUCCUGGCCGAUGCUGCUCCUCAUAUUCAGAUUGUAUUUAUUGAUAAUGAGACCGAGUCAGCAACAGGAAGGCUUGCAGCUGCACUGGCACAAGAUGUUAUGGGGGUUAUUACUACCCAAGGUGACAAAUUGGGAAUUACAAACGCUGAACUCCAGGAAAGCACUAACAGUGAACAACAGGCUGGUAGAAACAUGAAUGAUGGAGAAAUAAUUGCAACAGUGGCUGGUGUUGUUAUUGCUGUCCUAUUAAGUGGAAGUUUAGUAUUCCUCAUCAUUUCGGGAAGAAUGAGAGUCAAUGUUCCAUUGUGUCUCAUCUAUUUGAAAAGCUAUUUUACUUCCAACCAUGAAGUAACUAUUGACAAUGAAUUCAGCAAUGUGACGUUUGGUUCACCAUCCAACCUGCCUCAUGAUUCUAAUGGCAUCUGUUCUGGAGAACAAAUAAUAAAUAUUGUUGCACAUCAGUCUGGAACCAAUAUCAUGAAUCCAGCCUUUGGGCAAGGUUUUGACGAGGAAAAUUGUUAAAACUUUCUUCUACGCAGCUGCCUGUUAGAAACUCUAUCUCGCCAUUGCCAAGUACAGCUCGUGAACACACAGUAUGCUGUUCACUUUCCGUCUGAUGCUAAAUAUUCUCUUCCACUCUGACUAAUUCGCUUAAUUGAUCGAACUAAGAAAAUGAAUUUAACACAAUGAAUUGAAUCAUUUGUUGUGACAUGUAUUCAAUGUAAAAAUACAGUGAAAAGUGUACACCUUCACCAUGCAUACAUGGCACCGUUCACAUUAACUUUGAAUAAAGAAGGAAAAAAGCGGUAACUUAGGAGAGUCCAACUUUCACUAAUUAUUUGGCCGUGUAAAGGAAAGAAAACAUCAACAGGAUUGAUAGUGACAGUGGAAAAAAAUAAACUGAAUGACAUGCUCACUUGGAAAGUCAGAAGGAAGAGCAGCUAAAGACAUUUUUUGACUGGUUUACUAAACUGACAGAAACUGGGUUAACUUUUCAUUUAUCCAACAAUCACUAUAAUGAAUCCUUCUAAUCUUGAAGCUGGAUUAUCAGGAUUGGAUGUUAGCUGACUUUAAUUCUUCUGAUGGUCAGACUCAGUUCAUAUUCAUAUUCUUUUAUGAUUAAAUUGUCAGACUAACAAAGAGAAAUGUCUCCUUGCAAUAGAGAAGAACACCAGACAUUUACCACCACCUUGAUUCAUGCCAAUGCAGAGGCUAGGCAGUGAGGCUGUUCCUUUGAACCAUGAACAGACAUUUUAGCAUUGCUUUAAUUAUGUUUGACUAUUUGAUGUAAAUUUUAUAAAAUGCAUAUGGCUACCUACAAUGAGGCAUAAUUAUUUAUCUGUUUAUGAUCCCUUAUCCUCAGAUACAGAUCAGUGAUCAAAGAGACAGAUACAU